AACUGCGCCACCGACGACUGCGCCAACAACGACCGCGCCACCAACGACUGCGCCACCAACAACUGCGCCAACGACGACCGCGCCAACGACGACUGCGCCAACGACGCCUGUCCCGCAGAUUACGGAGCGACUAUUCGACUCGUGUGGGUUUGACGAGCCCUUCUUCGCUGGCAUCCAGCCCGUGAAUCGUCGCCUCGAACUUUCAGAGGAGGUCGACAACAACGAAGUGGUCACAGCGCCGCCGCCAGCUCAACGUGACGACAACGAUGAGGUACCAGUGUCCACAGUCUUCAACAUCGAGGCUCGUCGAGCAACACUUCGCCUUGAACUCGCACAAGGGCCAGACGCUGGCGAUAACAGCACUCCGCCAAUGUCACCACCUCGACGAGCUCGCGCCCCGGUGCUGCCGGCGAUAGAGCCGCGGUCGAAACGCGCAAAAAAACACAACAAGAUGUACAAACUCCUUCACGAGCUUGCCACAAGGCUCCAGCACUACGGCGUGGCGUUUUUCCGCAACUUGGAUGCCACCGGCGAAGUCGACUUUGAGUGUCUGGGACGUGUCCGCGAGCUCAUUCCCGACGAGCUCUGGGAGCAUUUUAACGGCAUGACUCGACCGUCGCGACCAAGGAAGACAAAAGGCGCGGACCGAAGCACCCGGCAAGGCAGUUCGCAACGAGGCGGGCAUGACGGCGACCGCCUCGGCGAGGAGGGUGACGAAGAAGCCAACAUAGAAGUCAUCGUCUUGGUUGCACAAGCAGCGAUGAUCCACAACCAAAAAGCGAACUUUGUGCACAAGAUCGUCACGCUCUUCAACUAUCUGAAAGGCAGUAGCGAGUUUCAGCUCAAUAGCCUGAGCAAGCUCGGCCUCGGGACGACGAAACAAACAGUCCAUGGAACGUGCAAGCUGCUUCUCAAGAGCCGCGACGGCAACAUCAAGAUGGAGGGGUUCGUGGUCUUCGGCGUGGACGAUUUGACUCGCUUCCUCCAUUUCGAACGCAUACGUCCGAACGGUAGCACGUACUGCGCCAUCAAGCUCGUCGUUUGCGUCAUCAACGCGGUACCGCUGUCGUCGCCGGUGCCUCGGGAUCUCUCUAAGCCACCGAAUCCACCCACGUUUUGCUCCGUGGAGUGUCUCACGGUGGCGGGUCUCUUCGACGACAGCGUGGCCAAGAUCGGUCAUUUCCUCCCGUGGUACACGGCGCGCUACCCAAGCAAGGGCCCACGCAACGACCGUUACGGCUUUGAACUCUACCAGUACACGGACGCGAACGAGCGUUGGCACUCGGAUUACCUCAGCGGCCUACGACUGCUGCGGAUCAACGAGAGCGAUUUCAAGUCCAUCCGCCACGCACUUCUCCAGUUUCGCAGCUGCCUCGCUGUCGAGGCGUUUGACGCCUACUUGAAUGACAACAUCAUGAUGCUCCCCGGCGACUACUGGGCUCAGUACACGUUCAAGAAGCUCAUCAUGAUUUGCCGAUUGCCCGAGAUCGAGCGCCGAGAAGUGCUCGCGACGUGGAUGCCCGAGGACGAGUUUCCGACCGAAACCGAGAUUGCACGCCUCGAGAACGUGGUUCCCAUCAAUGGCCUCUUGCACAUCAGCUUGACGCUCUUGGAAGCCGUGUGCCAGACGUUUGACCCGCUCAUCAGGUACUUGUGGCCCCAGAUCGCGCCGAACCAGAAGCUUCGGCAGACGCUCAGCCACGCCGAGAUGAUCGUUUGCGCCGAGGUGCUGCUUGGUGGCUACGCUCUCCUUCGCGACGAUCUUGGUCGGCACCGGCGACGAUGCAAAACCGCUGCUCUCGACUAUCUCGUUCACUUUUUUGAGCACUUGCUGCCUCUUGCCGUCGUCUUCUACGAGAAGUUCGUGCGUAGCGAGUGCCAUCUCGACUUGCUGCAAGCGAUCAUGCCCCACGUCGCUUUGGCCUUUGUCUUCCUCAAUCGAACCCACUACAAGAUCUCGACUUUGGAGUGGAUCAGUCAGAUUGAGCACAUCCGGAAGAGCAACGUUCUGCUCUUCAACGCCAUGCAGAAUCACACACGCUGGCUUCUCGACGAGUAUAUGGUCGAGCACCAGAACGGUGUGAUUGCUCGGAACACGAAGCACGCGACGACAGUGCACGAGUUCAUCCGCAGCGGCUACCUUGGCGACGUUCUCGGCGAGACGACAGCGGCGAUCAUGGCGAAAGUGCAAGGUAAUCCACGGGCUCGGACGACACGCACCGACUUGACGCCACUUCAAAACAACGCUGCGCUGGCUAUCAUCAAGGUGUUUGAAGCUGCCCGCGAUCCAAAGCAGCUGACCGCCUCAGUUCGAUGGAACAGCAAGAAAGAGCGAUGGGUCUGCGAAGCGAUCUACGCACAGUUUCUUGAAGGUGCAGACAUCAAGUUGAAGUCAAUGCCCGCGGUGUACCACCUCCUCGAGAAAUCAGGUACCGGCAAGCUGUAUAUGGUGAUGCCUUGCGAAGAUGCUGCUGCUGCUGCCGUCGCUGCUGCUGCCGCUGCCGCUUUUCCUACGGCCGCUGCCGGUGCUCCCGCUUCUCCUGCCGGAGCUCCCGCCGCUGCUCCUGCUCCUGCCGCCGCUGCUACGACCGCCGCUGCUCCUGCCCCCGCUCCUUCCGCAACGACCACGACGGCAGCGACUGCUUCUCUUGCCGCGUCUAAGACAACCCGGAGCAAGCGACGCCGACUCGCCCCCAGCAAAAAAUCCCAGAUGGACACCACGUUGCUUGAGUUUACUCGGUACCGAGUACCAGACCAAGAUUUCGUGUUUGAGUUUGUCCAAACGAUCGUCGAGGCCCUUGUCGACAAAUCUGGCGACGCGUACACUGCACCGAAAAAACAAGCUAUCGUUUGUCCCGAUGAACCAAGGGUGCCAACAGAGCCUGCUCGCAACGAGCCGCAAGCGCCCAUGCCAUGUCUUGAAAGUUCCAGGAUUGCGUUGGAGGAGGCACUUCGUAAAGUCCGCAGCUUCUCUCAUUUGUAAGAGCAUUAACAAGCACAACCAUUCUUAAC